UCGCCCGGCAUGCAGGACGCGAGCAACGACACGGGUGCGCUGCUGGAGCCGUGGCUGUGGCCGUACGGCGGCGGCGAUGCUGACGACUGGUGCGAGGGACGCCUGCUGUGCGCCGCGGCGCCCAGCCGCAGCUCCUUCGAGGGCCCGGAGCUCGUGCCCGACUACAUGACGCAGGCGUGGCCGUACCUGCUCGCCUUCCUGCUGGUGGAGAACGCGCUGCUGUGGCUGGAGGGACAGCCCACGCUGCGACUCAACGACGGGGUCACCUCGCUGUCCCACGGCGUGCUGCACCAGUGCGGCAGGCUGGUGUUCCGAGGGGCGGAGAGCGCCGCCUACAUGUACAUCCACAAGCACUGGCGCCUGGCGGACAUGGCCUGGGACUCGCCCUGCACCUGGUACCUGGCUGCCCUGGGGGUCGACUUCUGCUACUACUGGGUGCACCGCGCCUGCCACGAGGUGCACAUCCUGUGGGCGCAGCACCAGGUGCACCACAGCUCGGAGGAGUUCAACCUGGCCGUGGGACUGCGCCAGUCCGUGCUGCAGGAGUGGUGCGGCUUCGUGUUCUACCUGCCGCUGGCGCUGUUCGUGCCCCCGGCUCACUUCCUCACGCACCAGCAGUUCAACCUGCUCUACCAGUUCUGGCUGCACACCAAGGUGGUCCGGAGCCUGGGCCCGCUCGAGUGGGUGUUCAACACCCCGCAGCACCACCGCGUGCACCACGGCUGCAACCUCAGCUAUCUCGACAAGAACUACGGGGGCGUCCUCAUCAUCUGGGACCGCAUGUUCGGCACCUUCGCCCAGGAGAAGGAUGAUAUCAUCUACGGGCUGGUGUACAACCAGCCGUCCUUCAACCCCCUCUUCCUGCAGGUGUUCUACAACAUGAACGUGGUGAACAAGUGGCGCAGCAUGAGCGGCUGGCAGGACAAGAUGGCCGCGGUGUGGAAGGGCCCCAGCUGGCUGCCGGGCAAGCCCCGCCUCGGAGCCGACGAGGACAAGCUGGACGUUAAGAGCCGAGAGAAGUACGACGUGAAGCUACCUACCUGGUGCAACGUGUACCUGCUGUUGCACUUCACUAUUGUGGUCGUCGGCUUCCAGGAGCUCGCCCUGCGACACAUGGCGAUGAGCCCCGUGGUGGUGCUGGGCUCCGUGCUGUACAUCCUUCUGUCGCUCACCAGCAUCGGCAUGCUGUUCGACAACCACCCGUACGCCUGCGCGCUGGAGCUGGCCCGCUGCCUGGCCUUCUCCUGCUGGCCGCUAGCGCGCCCGGCCGGCGCGCUGCAGUGGCUCUUCCUGGCGUCCGCCAGCUUCUGGCUGCUGCAGAUGUGCCGUCUGCUGCGCAUCCACGUCAAGGCCAAGUGAGGCCCCCGCCCCGCGCCGAGUGGUGGUGACGGGCAGGCCACGGGGGUCGGUGCCAGGCACUUCAAGCUCACCCCCGGGGACCCCCCUCCGCCACAGUUGCAACAGGAACACCAAAGAAACAUUAAUGUACCGUGCGGUUGGUAUUCGAAACGAGAGGUAACGAGCAGCUCUGUAGCAAAGUGCUAACUGUUUAGGAAAGUCUGUGACAUCACGUUGCAUUCAUGAUUAGAUAAAUCAUUACGAAAAUGUGUCUUGCUGGAAAACUGGAAACACUGCACUGAAAGAUGAACAGGCAGUAACGCUAAGAACUGGCAUCGCGGCCGAGGGUAAACAGCCAGAGUCCAUUAGCGGCAUGAUCACAAGAGCGUGCUGUCCAGAGACUGCAGACCUAUCACCGCAUCACAAUACAUACUACCUUUGAUACUGCAUUCCACAAAAUAUAUGAAUUACAAAAAUCUGAAAACAGCAUUUGUUGUAGAAAAAUUAAUUUAUAUCUCUAUUCUACUUAAAAUAUAAAAUCAAUACCUGUUGUUCAACAUAGUCCCUAUUUUCAGAUUAGAAAAACAAAACCUAAUUAAGUUCAUAGGUAACAUUCGCUGCUAAAAUGAAAUAACAGCGCAUUAUGUCGGAUUUUUGACAAUUUCAUUUUCCAUGGAGGAACUAAAAAAAAAUUCAAUUAGGCGGUGUUGUUUCUUAAACGACGUUAUAAAGCAUGAGAAUUCCCCCCCUACAGUGGCAGAACGUUGAAGUGCCUGGUACCCAGAUAGAAGUUGCGUUGUGAAGCUGGCAACGCUGCCUCCUCUCCCCGUGGCCAGUGCCCGCCUGCCUGCCUCGACACAACCGUCCGCCUUGACUGCGAAGUGGAGUCCUCCCCGCGAACACUGCCUUGAACCACGGGGCAGACGCGUGGCUCGCCCGCCUUCCAGCCGCUACGUGCUGCCAUGCAAGCUCAAAGUACAAAGACUUAAAACUUACUCAGACCUGUACUACUUUGUAAGUGAUUUUGAAAAGUGAAUAGUUAUUACUAAUGAAUUCUAUAUUUAAUAAAGAUUUUUAUUACUUUUUACUGUAA